UAAUCCUGCCCUCCUGCAUGGCCCCGUUCCUGGCAGCGGUAACCAUACCGUACGAGCCAUACGCAUUGGAAUGGAAGUGAAACCCGCCAAGUCUCCAACUUUCUCUCUUCAUUCCCCUCUCCUUUUCUCUCUCUCUCUCUCUCUCUCUCUCUCUCUCUCUUCUUUCUUCUCUUUCUUCUUUCCUUUCUCUCCAUCAACCCACUCGCGAUCGGUCUCAAGUCCAUCGACUCGUUCACUCGUUUAUCCUCUUUUCUUUCUGCGUCAUUUCUCUUCUCCAAUCCUCAAUUCUCUCCCGCAUCCUCCAUUCCUUCCUCAGCCUGGUGCUGCCUCUGCUUCUUCCCCGUGCCUUUCUUACCUUUCUUACAUCUCUGCAAGGGGUCCUUUUGUUAUUGUCGACGCCAUCCAGGAACUCUCGCCCUGUCUCAAGUUGAUUAUCACCUUAUAUGAUCCUCCUUUUAUAUUGCACCGUGUUUGUUUAAGGUUAUUACACCCACGCUGCCUGGUUCUCGACGUCGUGCCCGCUCGGCUCCAGCCUCGUCAUCUGACUCCGCCCCCAUUGUCGCUCUCUCAAGCUCGAUCCUUUUCAUCUCGUCAAUCGUAUCCCUUGUCCACCCACCCUGACCUGUGGGUUUCCCUCGACUUCAUCGUGACGACACUCGCACUCGCCCGUGGAUAAAGAGCCGGCCGGAUUCAUCAAACAAGGAACGGGUCUUGUUCUCUCGUCGCCGCACAUCGACUCGACCUAUUUAUUCGUCCGCCGUCCCAUUCAUGGUGACGUAUUCCUCGUCUGCUCCGUCCUUCCAAAAACCAGCCCCGUACCUGAAUUCCUCCGCCAAAAUGGUCCGAUUCCAACCGAGUAAUAU